AUGAGUGCUAGCGGCCCGGGGGCUCCUGGGGACGGCCCCGCGCUGCCGCCGCCGCCUGGGCCCGGGCCCACACCGCCUGCUCCCGCUGCCGCUGCCCGGGACGCUAUGGACGGGCGCGCCGAGCUGCCUGCCUUCCCUCGUACUGGAGCCCCGCCGCUCGCGGCCAGCGACACUGUGCCCGCUGCACCCGAGGGGGCUGGAGCGGCCCGGCCCGCCGCGCCCCCGCGCCCCACCUCCUUUUCGGUGCUGGACAUCCUGGACCCCAACAAGUUCAAUAGUAGGAGGCGUCGCUGCGUGCUGCUGGGUGCCGUGGCGCCCACUGCGUGCGCCCCGUGCGCCCCUGCCCCUGCCACCUCCGGACGCCCGCCGCGUGCAGAGGAGCUGGAGCGCCGCGCCCUCGCCGGCGCCGCCGGUGAAGUCGGAGCCGCGGGAGCCGAGCCGCCUAAUGCCGGCGACCCCUACAAGGCGGACGAGGCGGAGGGCAACGGCUACGGCAGCGGCGCCGGCGGCCGCAGCCCGAGCGCGGACAGCGGGGACGAGGCGCCCGACGACGACGAGGACGAGGACGAGGCGCGGGAGACAGAAGCGGCGCGCGGCGCGGAGGAGGUGCGGGGAGGCGGCGGCGGCCUCGGGGCCCGCGGGUCGGGCUGCCCCGGCGCGGCGGAGGCCGAAGGGCCCCCCGGCGCCAUUGAUGAGGUCGGCGCCUCCGGACCCUGCGGGAACUCGCCCGGAGCCCCGGGCCCUGCUGUAGCCUCAGCGGCGGCGGGGGCCGCAGGGACGACCCCGCAGAGCUCGGCGGCCGUGGCGAAGCCCAAGCGGAAGCGCACGGGCUCUGACUCAAAGUCGGGGAAGCCGCGGCGCGCGCGCACCGCCUUCACCUACGAGCAGCUCGUGGCGCUGGAGAACAAGUUCAAGGCGACGCGCUACCUCUCGGUGUGCGAGCGCCUUAACCUGGCGCUGUCCCUGAGCCUCACCGAGACGCAGGUGAAGAUCUGGUUCCAGAACCGCCGAACCAAGUGGAAGAAGCAGAACCCGGGCGCCGACACGAGUGCGCCGACCGGUGGCGGCGGGGGACCCGGGCAGGGCGCGGGGCCGGGCACCGGGCUGCCCGGCGGCCUCAGCCCGCUCAGCCCUUCGCCGCCCAUGGGCGCGCCGCUCGCCAUGCACGGCCCGGCUGGGUACCCGGCGCACGGCCCCGGCGGCCUGGUGUGCGCCGCGCAGCUGCCCUUCUUGUCGAGCCCGGCCGUGCUCUCGCCCUUCGUGCUGGGCUCGCAGACCUACGGUGCGCCCGCCUUCUACGCGCCGCACCUCUGA